AUGAGCAACCAAACUGUCAACAUUGCCGAGUACCUGUUCACCCGACUAAACCAGCUUGGAGUCAAGGACCUUCAUGGAGUUCCUGGAGACUUCAACCUUGUCGCGUUGGACUAUGUCGAGCCUUGCGGGCUCAAUUGGGUCGGCAAUUGCAAUGAGUUGAAUGCUGGCUACGCAGCAGACGCAUACGGAAGGCUCAUGGGCAUGGGAGCUUUGGUGACGACCUUCGGAGUUGGUGAACUGUCCUGCCUCAACGCCAUUGCUGGAUCUUUUGCCGAGUUCUGUCCGGUCGUGCACAUCGUCGGAACGCCGAAGAGAGCUGCACAGAAGAGCGGCAUGCUCCUCCAUCACACUCUCGGCAAUGGCGACUUUAAUGUCUUUGCCGACAUGUCGAAACCCAUCACGAUCGCGCAGACCAACCUCAUGGACCCAGCAACAGCACCAGCCGAGAUCGAUCGUGUACUACAAGCCUGUUACGUCAACAGUCGACCAGUGUAUAUCCAAUUGCCAGCCGACAUGGUGACUGAAGAGGUCGAUGCAAAACUGUUGGAUACACCGAUCAUCAUUGAGCCUCCGCAAAGCGAUCGUGAAACGGAGAAGCUGGCAGCAGACUUGAUUUUGAGGAAGUUGUAUGCAGCAAAGAGGCCGGCACUUCUGCUCGAUGCCGGUGCUCAGCGUCAUCGUGUUGAAGCCUUGACCGAAGUGUUUGCCCGCAAGACGGGUCUGCCAACCUUCAUCACACCCAUGGGUAAAGGUGUGGCGAACGAAGAGUCACCGCUAUUCGCAGGCAUCUACAUUGGCAAAGGUUCCGAUGACAAUGUACGAGCGAUGAUCGAGGAGAGCGAUUUGGUCAUCACCAUCGGUAACGUGAAGUCAGACGUCAACAGCUUUGGUUUCUCUUACCGCAUCAGUCGUUUGAGUUCCGUCGACCUACACUUUGACCACGUCGUGAUGGACUGUGCCAAAUUCGAGAAUGUUUAUAUGAAGUGGCUGCUUGAAUUGCUCGUCAAAGAGGUCGACCCGUCCAAGCUGCAGAUGGACAAGGUUGUGAUGCCUAUCCGCAAAGAGCAUCAACUUACCAAUGGUGAGGCGACGACUCAAGAUGUGACACACGACUGGCUGUGGCCUCGCAUCUCGUCGUGGCUGAGAUCUGGCGAUGUCGUCAUCACAGAGACUGGCACAUCCUUUGUCGGAAUCUGGGAGACCAAGUUCCCAGCAGGUGUACAAGCCAUCAAUCAGACAUUGUGGUCGUCAAUUGGGUAUGGCCUUGGUGCAGCGCAAGGCGCGGCUUUGGCUAUGAAAACGUCGGGCGGACUGCGGAGGACCGUCUGCUUCGAGGGCGAUGGAUCCUUCCAACUUACUGUACAAGAGCUGUCAACCAUCAUUCGGCAGGAUCUGGACUGCACAAUCUUCCUGAUAGAGAACGACGGCUACGAGAUUGAGCGCUGGGUGCAUGGCAUGAAGGCCAAAUACAACGACAUCAGCAAAUGGCGAUACAGUAAAAUUGCCGAGGUCUUUACGCCAGAGGAUGAAGCCUCUCAGCAUCGUGUCAAGACAUAUCGAGUCAGCACUCGCACCCAGCUCGAGGAGUUGCUUACUGAUGAAGAGUUCUCGGAAGGAAAAGGCUUGCAUUUUGUGGAGCUGCAUAUGCCAAAGUACAAUGCGCCCCAGACGUUGAUUGACUUUGCCCAGAGCCUGUCGAAGAAGUCCGAGUAG